AUGUUAAAAGCUCUGAAGAAGGCAACAGGCAUUGUUAAAGACGUCGCUGCUACAGUAGGAAUUCCAGUUACAGAAAAGACAAUUGAUGCUGACUAUACUCAAGCAAAAGAAGCAUUCAAAACAAUUUGCCUUGAUACCGUCCAAAUUAUUGGAUGUAUUAUUCAAAUGAGCAAUCAAAUGCAAGUCCUUUCACGUUCAGUUACUAAAAUCGGAGCUGAUUUAGGAAUUUCUUUCAUUACUGCUUCACAAAAUUCAAAAGGAGAGGCAAAAGCAAUAGAAAUGUUCGGAAAGCAAUUAGAAUCAAUUGUAAGUAACCAAUUUGCUAGACUCAUUGAUCAAAAUGUUGUUGCUCCUUUAUCAGUUUAUCAAAAAGAAACUGAUCGACUAAAAGAUAUUCAAAAGCAGAGAAAACCACUACGCAAGGAAUACGAUCAAGCUCGCUCGAAGCUGAAAUGGCUUCAGGAUCAUAAUGGAAAAGUUGGAGAAAUAGAAGCCCAAAAUCAAAAAACACAAGAAGCGUAUAACAAAUACUCAGUCCUUAAUAACGACUUUAUCCAAGGUGUUAAUCGCCUCGUAAUGCAAAGAGCCCAAUACUUAGAAACUCCAUUCCGUAAUUUUGUUGGCAUCUUUAGUAAAUUUAUGUGCUCCGUUACUAACGAAAUGGAGAGAGUAAAAACUAGCUUCCCACCAUCGACAUACAACAAAUACGCCCAAUUCACACUAGCAAAUCCUUACUCCCAAGCCCAGCCACAACAAGCAUUUUACGCUCCACCACCAGAACCAGUCGCUUACCCAACAAUCGAUGAAAUACCAGUUCCAACACCUGUUGAGGAAGUCGAAGAACCACAAAGGGCCAAGCCAAAGAAGGAAAGAGUGGCUGCACUUGCUUAA